GCCGAUCGGUACCAGCGCCUCAAGGACGAGGUGGUGCGGGCCCAGGUGCAGCUGCAGCUCUUCAAACUCUUCCACAACGAGGCCGAGAUCGAGAAGCUCAACAAGGAGCUGGGGCUGAAGAACCGCGAGAUCGACAAGGACAAGAAGAGGAUGGACAGGGUGGAGGACGAGCUCAAGGACCGCAAGAAGGAGCUGGGCAAGAUGAUGAGGGAGCAGCAGCAGAUCGAGAAGGAGAUCAAGGAGAAGGACUCGGAGCUGAACCAGAAGCGGCCGCAGUACAUCAAGGCCAAGGAGAACACGUCACACAAGAUCAAGAAGCUGGAGGCGGCGCGGAAGUCGCUGCAGAACGCCCAGAAGCAGUACAAGAAACGCAAGGCGGACAUGGACGAGCUGGAGAAGGAAAUGCUCUCCGUGGAGAAAUCCCGGCAGGAGUUCGAGGAGCGCAUGGAGGAGGAGAGCCAGAGCCAGGGGAGGGACCUGACCCUGGAGGAGAACCAGGUGAAGAAGUACCACCGGCUGAAGGAGGAGGCCAGCAAACGCGCGGCCACGCUGGCCCAGGAGCUGGAGAAGUUCAACCGCGACCAGAAGGCCGACCAGGACCGGCUGGACCUGGAGGAGAGGAAGAAGGUGGAGACCGAGUCCCAUGGCGUCCCCCUGUUCCCAUGGCGACGGGGCGGCCCAUUCCACCUCUGCUCCCCCCGCCCUCCCUCCAGAUUUGGUACGAUCCAAGCAAAUGAGCCCGCUCGCGCCACCAAUCCCGCGUUCAAACCGCCGACCAAUGGGAAGCGAGAAGGAGGGGUUAAAGUGAAGAUUGACAGGAACCAGAGCCUAUCGCAAAGCUUAGAGCGACAGAACCGCCACUGGAGCCGUCCGACCACUCAGCGGCGAGGAGGCGGGGUUAAGGCGAAGAUUGACAGCGGCCCGAGCCAAUCGCGAGGCGCAGCGCCCCGUCCCUCAGCGGCCGCCGCAGCCGCUGCUUUCCCGCCCUCCGGCCGCGGCCCCGGCCCGAGACCCCCGGGACCCCCUCAGACCCCCGGGAUCCUCCCGGGACCCUCCCGCCCCACCAUGGGCUUCCUGAAGCUCAUCGAGAUCGAGAACUUCAAGUCGUACAAGGGCCGGCAGAUCAUCGGGCCCUUCCGCCGCUUCACCGCCAUCAUCGGCCCCAAUGGCUCCGGCAAGUCCAACCUGAUGGACGCCAUCAGCUUCGUGCUGGGGGAGAAGACGAGCAACCUGCGAGUGAAAACGCUGCGGGACCUGAUCCACGGCGCUCCGGUGGGGAAACCCGCGGCCAGCCGGGCCUUUGUCAGCAUGGUGUACUCGGAGGAGGGCGCCGAGGACCGAACCUUCGCCCGGGUCAUCGUCGGCAGCUCCUCAGAGUACAAGAUCAACAACCGGGUGGUGCAGCUGAGCGAGUACAGCGAGGAGCUGGAGAAGUUGGGCAUCCUCAUCAAGGCCAGGAACUUCCUCGUCUUCCAGGGAGCCGUGGAGUCCAUCGCCAUGAAGAACCCGAAGGAGCGCACGGCGCUGUUCGAGGAGAUCAGCCGCUCCGGGGAGUUGGCCCCCGAGUACGACAAGCGCAAGAAGGAGAUGGUGAAGGCCGAGGAGGACACGCAGUUCAACUACCACCGCAAGAAAAACAUCGCUGCCGAGCGCAAGGAGGCCAAGCAGGAGAAGGAGGAGGUGGGAAGCGCUCAGAAUCCCGGGAAAAGCAG